AUGUUACCCCUUCUUCGUUCUCAAUUAUCUACCAAGUUGCUUACUAGGAAUACACUACCUACCAACUUGAGAAGACUCAGUACUACAUCACCCAAUAUGGUCAAAGUUCUCGCUGUACUCUACAAAGGUGGUAAAGCCGCCGAGGAAGAACCCCGUCUUCUCGGUACACUCGAAAACAGUCUUGGUAUUGCCGAUUGGCUCAAGAAGGAAGGUCACGAACUCGUCGUCACUGAUGAUAAAGAAGGACCCAAUUCAGUAUUCCAAAAAGAACUCGCUGAUGCCGAAAUUCUUAUUACAACACCUUUCCAUCCUGGAUAUCUCACAGCUGAUCUCAUUCAAAAAGCUAAGAAUUUGAAGUUAUGCGUUACAGCAGGUGUUGGAUCAGAUCAUAUUGAUCUGAACGCUGCUAAUGAGAAGAAGAUUACUGUUGCUGAGGUCUCUGGAUCCAAUGUCGUCUCAGUUGCUGAACACGUGGUCAUGUCCAUCCUUUUACUCGUUAGGAACUUUGUUCCAGCCCACGAGCAAAUCCUUGCAGAUGAUUGGAACGUCGCUGAAAUCGCUAGAAACGCAUUCGAUCUAGAAGGUAAAGUGGUGGGUACCGUUGGAUGUGGUAGGAUCGGUUAUAGAGUUUUGGAAAGGUUACAAGGAUUUAAUUGUAAAGAAUUAUUAUGGUUCGAUUAUACCGAUUUACCUGAAGAUAAGAAAAAGUCUAAUUUCAAAAGAGUCGAUAAACUUGAAGAUUUAGUAGCUCAAUGUGAUGUCGUUACCAUCAACUGUCCUCUUCACGAAAAGACCAAAGGGCUUUUCAACGAUGAACUCAUUUCUAAGAUGAAAAAGGGUUCUUGGUUGGUCAACACCGCUCGAGGGGCAAUUGCCGAUAGAGCAGCCGUCAAAAGAGCUCUAGAGAGUGGCCAUUUGAACGGAUAUGCAGGAGAUGUUUGGGACGUCCAACCUUCUCCUAAGGAUCACCCAUGGAGACACGCUUUCAACACUCUUGGUGGUGGAAAUGGUAUGGUCCCUCAUUAUUCCGGAACCACACUCGAUGCCCAAAUCCGAUAUGCCAAUGGUACCAAAGAUAUCAUUCAACGAUACCUUUCUGGUCAGGAACAAGAGCACGCUAAUGUUAUCGUGACAGACGGCGAUUACGCUUCCAAAGCUUACGGCCAGAGGGAGAAGAAAGCUACUGGUCAGAAACCUGCUGGACCGUAG